UCUGGGAGGCUCACAAUGGAAAGGCGCAGCGAAAGGCUGGCCCUCCUCCAAAAGCUGAAGCCCAUUUCAUACCGGGAAACUGGAGUGAAGAGGGUUUUCAAAAAAAUCCGAAGGAAGCGCCACUCUGCUUCCAUGGGACACAAAUCAUGGAAAGACAAUGGUCCAGAGACAGUUUGGAGUGGAUCCGACUCAGAAGACUCCGGGCAGCCCUGCUGUAGCAAAUACUUGGUGGAUCAAACUCAUUUGCUUACUCAACAGUGUUUUGAAGCACCUCCAUUGGUGGAACCUAGAACUAACAUCAUGAUCUGCCCUGAUCCACAGCCACUUGUUCUUGUAGAGAAACCUCUGAGACGUAUGGUGAAGAUUUUGGCAUUUCCAGCAUUCAUAUUCCUGCUGGGUCUCUUUUAUGUAUUUUUGCCUGGCUUGUACACCCCCUCAGGUACUUCCAAAUGGGAAAAAAGGAGACAGCAAAGGCACCAGAAUGAGAUCCUUCAGCAGAAUCUACAGAGGCAAAUUGGUCUUUUUCGUCAAAGAGUUUUUGGGCUCCGUAAUUUUGCUGAUGUCCUUGGAAGUGUCCAUGAUCAUUGGGAGAUUCAGAAGCAUAUCUACCUCCAAGCCCAUGGCUCCAAGAACAAAAGCAAUUACAUCCCAAAAGAGGACUUUGCUCUGAAGUCUGCAGGUGCCACGGUGGUCAAAUACAGCAAAAGCUAUAAUGCAGGAGCACAGCUUUGCAUGUUGGGAUUCUGCUGGGAUUACUUACGAUCACCAGAGGUGAUUCUUGAGCGGGAUAACGCCCCUGGGAAUUGUUGGGCCAUGGAUGGGUCUGAAGGCUAUAUUAUCAUCAAACUGUCCCGCGUUGUCUGUCCAAUUUCUGUGGCUCUGGAUCAUAUUUCAAAGACAGUGUCUCACAAUGAAGAUGUAAGCAGUGCUCCACAGAAUUUCUCCAUCUAUAUCUCCAUCAAAAAUAUCCCUUAG